AUGCAAGCCUGGCUGCAGCACAGACAGAUCGUUUGCGCUAUGAGCGAUUCGAAAGGACAGGAAACCCGACUUUCCCCUGGACGACCAACACUCGAAGUCUCACAGCCAGACUCAGACAAGGAGAGCGAAGUUCUUGUUGUGGGAUGGCAAAGUGAAGACGACCCACUGAACCCCAGGAACUGGAGUAACGUGAAACGCAUUGGAGUUACCUUCCAGGUAGCAGCGAUCGCUCUGGUCGUCUGUGCCACUGGCGCUGUCGACGCGGCCGUGUUACCACAGGCAGCCGCUGAACUCGGCGUUAGCGAGGUGGCGGAGACAUUGGCUACUGGAAUGUUCCUGAUCGGGUUCGGACUGGGAUGCCUGAUUACAGGCCCGUUUUCUGAGAUAUUUGGAAGGUUUGCAGUCUACACAGGGUCUCUCACAAUAUUUGGCAUUUGGAUCAUGGCCGCCGCACUCGCACCAAACUUCGGAGCUCAGCUUGUGUUUCGCACACUCGCCGGAUUGUCGGCCUCGACCCCACUGACCUGCGCCGGGGGUACCAUAUCUGAUCUCUACAACAGCCUAGAGAAGACGUGGGCCUUCCCGUUGUACGCCGUUGGAGGUUUUGGUGCGCCCUUGACUGGUCUCGUCAUGGUUUCCUAUGUGGGACCCACAAUCGGCUGGCGUUGGGCGGAAUGGGUUUCGCUUCUUGCAACAGGUGUUGUCUUAGCGCUGAUAGUCCUCUUCAUGCCAGAGACAUUUGCUCCUAUCCUCCUUGAGUGGAAGGCAAAGCAUCUGCGUAAGACGACAGGCGAUGAGAGGCAUCGCUCACCACACGAGAUGGCGCACAUCACAGCAGCCGCCCGUCUGAAGAUUGCCAUGACACGACCGUUUCUCAUGGCGACAGAACCGAUCAUCAUGCUGUGGACACUUUACCUCAGCAUCAUCUACAUCAUCCUGUUUACGUUUUUGGACGGGUACCCGUACAUUUACCAGGAGACUUAUGGUAUCACGCAAGGACUUACGAAUGUCAUCUUUGUCGCCAUGGACGCCGGUGUUGUAUCGAUUCUCGUGGUAGUUCCAUUUGUUUACCGACACACGGCCCACAAGGUCAAGGCCAAGCAGAGUACUCCAGAAGAUCGUCUGUGGUACGCCAUGGUAACUGCACCGGCGAUCUCUAUCUCGCUCUUUUGGAUGGGAUGGACGGCCAGGCCAUCCAUCAGCAUCUGGUCGCCGAUGAUUGCGUCUUUUCUUUUCGGAUAUGGGACGACGGGAGUUUUCAUCAGCACGUACAUGUACAUCAUCGAUUCCUACGAGAUGUACUCGGCCUCGGCCCUGACGUUCGUUGCGGUGGUGAGAUACAUCGCAGCUGGCGGGAUGACUGUUGCCGGGCUUCCAAUCUACGAAGGCCUAGGGGUAGCAUAUACGUGCACAAUCCUGGCCUGUGCGUCUGCGGUCAUGGUACCGGUGCCAUACGUCUUGUAUCGAUAUGGCCACCACGUCCGCAGCAAGAGCAAGUUUGCUGUGUCUAGCGAGCAUGAGUCGGAAUCGGCAUGA